UCCAUGAUUAUAAGAUUAUUACCUUCAAAAUUGGAAUAAUAAGUACUUAAAAAUUAGAGCAAGAAGACUACAAUUUAUUAUAAUAAUUUGUUCUUUUAAUGAAAUUUUAGUUAUAGAAAGUUAAAUUUCAUAAUUCAAUAACAUAUUAUAAUCAUUUGAGAUAGCAGAAAAUAUCUAUUUCAAAGAUCUAAAAGACAACUGUAAAAGUUUUGGUUCGAAAAUUCAAAUAAAUAAUUCUUUCUGUCUUUCUUAUUAUACUUAGCCUAUUCUUUAAAAGCAAGAAAUGCUUGGAAGAUUUUCAAAAUCAAAUAGAAUACCGUUAUUCUUAAUAUUUGUAUAUUAUGCUUAUUUAUUUUGUUAUAAAUGGCGACCGUACCAAGAUACUUGCUGAUAUUUUGACUACUAUUGGACAAACUCCACUUAUAAAAUUAAAUAACAUCCCAAAAUCUUAUGGGAUUAAAUGUGAAAUGUAUGUAAAAUGUGAAUUUCUUAAUCCUGGUGGUUCUGUGAAAGACAGAAUCGCAUAUAGGAUGGUGCAGGAUGCAGAAGAGAAAGGUUUGCUUAAGCCGGGAUAUACCAUCAUCGAACCUACAAGUGGUAAUACUGGAAUUGGUUUAGCAAUGGUUGCUGCAGUCAGGGGAUAUAAAUGCAUUAUUGUUAUGCCAGAAAAAAUGUCUGAUGAGAAGGUGUCAACACUUUGUGCACUUGGUGCUGAAAUUGUUCGAACCCCAACAGAAGCAAGUUGGGAUAGUCCAGAAGCUCACAUCAGCGUUGCACAAAAGUUACAAACAGAGAUACCAAAUAGUAUUAUUCUUGAUCAGUAUACUAAUCCUGGAAAUCCAUUGGUUCAUUAUGAUCAAACUGCAACUGAAAUUUGGAAGCAAUGCGAGGGGAAAUUAGAUUAUGUAGUAGCUGGCGCGGGCACUGGUGGUACUAUUUCAGGUAUUGCGCGAAAAUUGAAAGAAUUAUCACCAGAUAUAAAAAUCAUUGCCGCAGAUCCCAAAGGAAGUAUUUUAGAUCCUGGAUCACAAGAUUCAGGAGUUGGCUUUUACGAAGUAGAAGGAAUUGGCUAUGAUUUUGUACCUACAGUGUUAGAUCGUAACGUAAUCGAUAAGUGGGUAAAAACCGAGGAUCACGAAUCAUUAAAUGCUGCUAGAAUGCUUAUACGCGAAGAAGGUUUACUAUGUGGUGGUAGCAGCGGCUCUGCGCUUGUAGCUGCCCUAAAGAUAGCUAAAGAUAUUCCCGAAGGAAAACGUAUGGUUAUUGUUUUACCCGAUGGAAUACGAAAUUAUUUAACUAAAUUUGUAUCCAACCACUGGAUGGAAGCUAGAGGAUUUUUGCAAGCUACAUGUCAAGCUGAAACAAAUAAGUGGUGGUGGAAUAUGAAAGUUUCAAAUUUAUCUUUUGAUAAACAAUCUUUGUUGAAGGAAAAUACAGUAACAUGUCAAGAAGCUAUUCAAAUGAUUAAAAAUACAGAUAUACAACUACUGCUUAUUAGCGAUAAUGAUAUACAUAUAAAAGGUGUUAUUAGUUUGAAUAAAAUUUUGUCAAACAUAAUAUCUGGUGCAGUAAACUAUACAGACUUUGUAGAAAAGACCAUGGUUAAACAAUAUGUUAAAGUUAAGUAUUCAGCAUCUCUUGGAUAUUUAUCACGGAUUCUCGAAAAAGAACCGUACGCGGUAAUCUUAGAUGAUAAACGCGAUGAUGCUUUUGUUGGAGUCAUAAACCAAUUUCAUAUUUUGAAUUUUAUUACUAAAAAUAAUGGAUACAACAUCUAAUAAUCAUUCGAUGUAUCAGGUCUUAAACAUUAACAUACAAUCGUUAAACCACUUUUAAGAUUAUCUUACUCGUCUGUUUCAUUAUAAUUAUGUUUUUCAUAAUUUUUACUUUUAUUAUACUCUGUAGCUAUAUACAAUGCAUUUAAAGUAUAUAGGUACUCAUUUUAAAAAAAAUGUGACUUAUUAUAUGAUUAAUUUUACAUAUUUGUAGAAAAAAAAAUAUAUAUAUGUAUAUAUACUUUUAAUAAAUAAAUCCUUAUAAAAAUUA